AUGUCUCAGGUCAUACCCAGCCACGUGCUACGGGUUGGCCAGACGAUACGUGUUGCAUCCCAGGAAGAAAGCAGAAGCUUACAUCCAGCCGGGAGCCCCUGCUGCUCCAGCUUGACUACAAAAUGUUCUUAUUAUUCAGCCGAGGGUUGGCUCAGCCAGCCUAUAAUGGCACAAACCAAAGCCCGUCUGCAUGGACCUAACUCGAAUGCCGUGUUCACGCGUGUGGCCUCUCCCACCCCCGGGAAAGAGCAUCAGGUUGCCUCUUUGGAAAGAGCCAGUCCCACACAUCAGCCAGAGGGUGAAGAGGAGACCGAGGGGACUCCCGAGGUGUCUCCGACCCUGGAUGUGUCGAUAGAAAACCUGAACCAACUGAUCCUAGAAAUCGACCCGACCUUUCAGCCCCUCCUGCUCAAACCAGACAGCAGCAAGAAGUACACUGCCCAACCCACGUCUCCUGGCAACGCGGCUGUGACCGAGAAACCAGACCCCGAUUCGUUAGAGAUCAAGUACAUCGAAAUGACCCCCACCCGAGCCAAGAGCCACGAAUCCAUGCAGGGCUCGGCCAGUCCUUGCAUCACUCCGCUCUCCAUGUCACCCCAAGGCAGCUGCUUCCUGCUAGCCCGGGACAACUGCACCCCGAACGGCAGUCUUGUCUUCUCGAGCCCCUCCGGGCCUGAGAGCAACCGGGCAGCUCCUCAAAAUCAGCCACCCACUGGGAGCUCCCCCCAGACCUGCUACAGAGUGUCUGAAUGUGUGUCCAUCCCACAGCGUGGUCAGAAGGAUUGCAUCUCCUACGGGCCAAAUACUCUCCUGGCCACCUCUCCCGGCCUGGAGAGUUUGCGGAAGGCUUUGUACAUUGGGCGGGCUCCACAGAGAACCAGCAGGGUCUCCGUGCUCUCCACGAGCCCGGGAUCAGACACCAGUUACAUGCUUGGAAGCAGCACCCAGUCGCUUCUCAACGAUGACUCCGACUCUCACCAACCUGCCCACAGAUCAGCGGAAAGCCCCUUAUCUGUCGGCUCCUUCGGCAGCCCUUGUCUCGCCUCCCCCGGCAUUCAAGUCAAUCGUUUUGGAGAUGCCUUUAGCCCGGGUUCCAAUUCCAACAAAGUGAACAACUCUUCCUCCCCGCCACUCCAGAAGGGACAUGCCAGCAGCUGUCCCCCGUCCAUUGUUAACUCCAUGGCUGAUAUCCCCAUACUGCUGGUCAACGGAUGUCUGGAACAUGGCGAGACGUCUCCCAGGAUGGGCAAAGACUUCCAGCGUUCCGUGAAGCAGACAAUUCCACCCAAUUCCAGCUCCUCCUCAGGGAUAAACAGCUUGAAUAAGACCUCUUCUGAAACAUCUCUCUCCUUCUCCUCAGCCGGUCCCUCCAAAGAUGGUGAGCCAACCAUGAAGUUUGUGAUGGACACGUCAAAAUACUGGUUCAAGCCAAGCAUUACAAGGGACCAAGCAAUCCAACUUCUGAAGGAGGCGGAACCAGGCGCUUUCCUCAUGCGGGACAGCACGUCGUACCGCGGGUCAUUUGGGCUGGCGAUGAAGGUUCUCAGCUCACCAUCCGGCUGCAAGACAGGUGAUGACAGCAGCGACCAGGUCCGACACUUCCUCAUUGAGUCAUCUGCCAAAGGAGUGCACCUUAAAGGGGCCAGCGAGGAGCCCUACUUUGGGAGCCUGUCUGCCUUCGUCUACCAGCACGCCAUGACAGCACUAGCCUUGCCCUGCAAGCUGGCCAUCCCCACACAAGAUUUUGCUGGUGGAGAAAAUAGCUCUGAGACCCCCCUGGAAUCUGCAAUUUCUGCAAUGAAGAAAACUGCAGCCUGCAACGUCUUGUACCUCAACUCGGUGAGCGUGGAGACGCUGACCGGCGCCUCGGCGGUUCAGAAAGCCGUCUCCUCCACCUUCGAACUGGAGACGCCGCCCACGCCCACCAUCGUUCACUUCAAAGUGACCGAGCAAGGAAUAACCCUGACCGACGUCCAGAGAAAGGUGUUUUUCCGACGGCACUAUCCCCUCGCUGCCCUCAGCUUCUGUAGCAUGGACCCUGAGAACAGAAAGUGGCAAAAGUACUGCAAGUCUUCAAGGAUCUUUGGCUUUGUAGCCAAAAGCCAAAUGGAUGCCGAGAAUCUCUGUCAUCUCUUUGCCGAGUACGACACUGUGCAGCCAGCUUCUCUUGUCAUUGACUUUCUCAGCAAACUCCUCCCAGAGCAGUAG